GAAAAAGCUGACAUGACCAAUCCCAAGGGUGUUAUCAUCAAUCGAUUAAUGCUCUGCUUGAAUAGCGUCGUGUUCCCAUUCGUAAUUGGCAAGUCUUAAGUUACACUAGCAGCCUCUCUCUCUCUCUUCCACUCCAAUGGCGACCAUUUCUUCAGCUUCAGUUCGCACUCCGAACUUCUCUUGGUCCUUCUCCUCGGAGCACCUCCAAUCCCUCGGGUUCUCCGAAACUCUAUUGUUUCCUCUGACGAGUUCAGCUUCGAGAUCAAUAAUCCAUAGCCAUGACCGCCACAAGCAACUCGCAGUCUCCGCUAGAAGCUUCGACCAGAAUAUCGCCGACAGCGCCUUCUCUUCCAACGGCUCUCCUCCUUCGACCACCCGCUCCAAGGUAAGAAGGCACACGAUUUCGGUGUUCGUUGGGGACGAAAGUGGAAUGAUAAAUCGGAUAGCAGGGGUGUUUGCUAGGAGGGGAUACAACAUCGAGUCCCUGGCUGUUGGUCUGAACAAGGACAAAGCUCUCUUCACCAUCGUCGUCUCCGGAACCGAAACGGUCUUACGCCUCGUGAUCGAGCAGCUUAACAAGCUCGUCAAUGUUAUGAAGGUUGAAGAUCUCUCAAUUGAGCCUCAGGUGGAGCGUGAACUAAUGCUUAUAAAAGUAAAUGCCGAUCCUAGCUAUCAUGCCGAGAUCAAGUGGUUAGUGAAUAUCUUUAGAGCAAAGAUUGUGGAUAUCUCGGAACACUCAGUAACCAUUGAGGUGACAGGAGAUCCUGGGAAGAUGGUUGCUCUGCAAAGAAAUUUAAGCAAGUUUGGGAUCAGAGAAAUUGCCAGAACCGGAAAGAUUGCCUUGAGGAGGGAAAAGUUGGGUGCAUCCGCUCCAUUUUGGCGAUAUUCAGCAGCUUCAUAUCCUGACCUUGAGAGAACAGUUCCUGUUGAUGCUCUUGUGGGGGUUGAAAACGGACUAGUUAAUGCUGUAUCUGAUGUGUCUUCUGGGGGUGAUGUUUAUCCUGUGGAGCCGUCUGAUACCUUUACUGUCAAUCAAGUUCUUGAUGCUCACUGGGGUGUUCUCGAUGACGAAGAUACUAAUGGACUUCGAUCACACACUUUAUCCAUGCUCGUGAAUGACAUUCCUGGGGUUCUCUACAUUAUUACUGGCGUUUUUGCCCGAAGGGGUUAUAACAUUCAGAGCUUAGCUGUUGGCCGUGCAGAAGCUGAGGGGCUAUCUCGCAUUACUACUGUUGUUCCUGGUACAGAUGAAUCCAUUAGCAAGUUGGUGCAGCAGCUUUAUAAGCUUGUCGAUGUUCAUGAUGUUCAAGAUCUUACCAAUUUGCCAUUUGCCGAGCGGGAAUUGAUGUUGAUAAAAAUUGCUGCGAAUGCUGCUGCUCGAAGAGAUGUGCUUGAUAUUGGCAACAUUUUUAGGGCCAAGGCUGUUGACGUUUCUGAUCACACAAUAACCCUUGAGCUAACAGGAGACCUGGACAAGAUGGUUGCAUUGCAGAGGUUGUUAGAGCCCUAUGGAAUUUGUGAGGUGGCGCGUACUGGAAGAAUUGCACUGGUGCGUGAGUCGGGUGUGGAUUCGAAAUACCUCCGUGGAUAUUCUUUUCCUCUGUAGUUGGCACUGGCUGGUUGAAAAUGAUUUGGGAAACUUGAAUGAGAGCACUUGUAAAUGUGUGCAAGGUGCGCAAUCUUGUACGUACAUAUGAGUCGAUGGCAGACUCCAAGUUGAAGGGCGCAUUCAGACUGACUAGUACAACUUCAACUUCUGUGCUUACACUUUUUAUUGCAGAUCACCUUCCGCUUGGGUAUUUGUUUGUGUUUUUUUUCAAUCCAUGGAACUUAUUUAUUUUCAUUAGUAGAAGAUAAAAUCUGUGUUUGCUGAAACAGAACAAUGCAAGUGUUCGGAACAUCACACUAGUAUAGCUGAUCUGUAAUGCGUGUCUUUCUGUACUCAAAUUUUGAUCAUAUAUACUGGAAGUUGGAAAGUUUGUAUUGCUUAUC